CAGUCACUAUCGUGAGUCAACGGCGGCUGGGGUCUUCGGUGGAGCCAGGUGCUGGACUUUAGUAGAACUUUUCACUGGUGAAUUGUACUUCGGCUGUGGGUGUGUUUGUGAAUGUGUGUGGGUCUGGUUGUCUGUCUGGGGAAAGAGAGAGCGUGUGUGUGAGUGUGUGUUUAUGUACAUGGAUGGACGCCCCCGCAGUCACGAAACCUCAGAUGAUCGCCUAACUGGGGUAGAGAUGAGCCUGGUCUGACCGUGGAGUUGAGCUGAAGAUCGUCACAAGGUCGCCUACGCUGAAAAAACAUCUCCUUGACUGGAUGCUUACAGCGAUUUAGCUCCGCUUGGCAACGGAGGGAAAGGAGAUUUCGACUGUCGGGUUGGAGGCGCCGUGGGUGUUGUUUUUUUCUUCCUUGUAUUCAAGGAACAAUUUGGCUCGGCUGUUAUUAUUGCGCCAUUUUUUUCUCUGUAUCCUAUUUGCGUCAUGACUUCUAGCUAUGCACAUGUAAUGGACAGACAAGCAUCGAUAUCUAGCAGACUGGAAAGUCCGAUCACUGCCAAUCUGGAAAACCUGCAGGCUAAAAAGAACUUCUCGGUGAGCCACCUGCUGGAUCUGGAGGAGGCAGGGGAGAUGGUCGGCACCCAGACUGAGGACGGCGUCGGUGAGGCGGGCAGGAGUAUGCUGGAGUCUCCGGGCCUGACCAGCGGCAGCGACACGACGCAGCAGGAGAACGAGCAGUUGAACGCGGAGGAGAAGAAGAAGAGGAAGCAGCGCCGGAACAGGACCACCUUCAACAGCAGCCAACUGCAGGCCCUGGAGCGCGUGUUUGAGCGCACACACUACCCCGACGCCUUCGUCAGGGAGGACCUGGCGCGCAGGGUCAACCUCACCGAAGCCAGAGUACAGGUGUGGUUCCAGAACCGGCGGGCGAAGUUCCGUCGCAACGAGCGGGCCAUGCUGGCCAGCAAGAACGCCUCGCUGCUCAAGUCCUACUCGGGUGAUGUGACUGCCGUGGAGCAGCCAAUCGUGCCACGGCCCGCGCCACGGCCGAAUGAUUACCUGUCCUGGGGCUCAGCCUCUCCCUAUAGCUGGUAUCCGAGGCCGGAGGGAGGGCCAAUUCGAGUGCCACAGAAAAUGCUGCCCACAGAAAGCAACACCAUGGCAUCAUACCCACCCACUUGUGCCAACACCACCUCCUCCGCGGGAGUGAACAUGGCCAACAGCAUCGCCAACCUGCGCCUCAAGGCCAAGGAGUACAGCCUCAACCAGAUGCCCACCGUAAACUGAAGACGACAGAGAUAGAGAAAGGGAGGAGAGGAGAAGAAAGAAGGAAGAAUGGAUGGUGGAGAAUACAGAAGGGAUUCCGUUGUUUUUUUCGCCGCAGGGCUCUGUGUGAUUAUUAGUGUUGAGAUCCAGUCGGACCCCAAGACCCUGCCAACAUCAUUGGGACUGGUUGCAUUUGCCGCUCCCCGCUCAAGUCUGUCAUCGUCAUCAUCAUCAUCACCAUCACCACCGUAACCUCCGUCAUCUGCGAUCACGUUUGUCAUUUCUGGGGACUUGCUGUUAAAGUGCCUUGAACUGAAAUAAGCUGGGGAUGUACUCUAGGGGACUUUCCCCUUUUAUGGAAGCAAACCAGCGGAGGACACCUUCGAUGCUGUAACCAACCUUUACUAGCUGAUUUAGACCUUAUUUUUCAGUUGUUUUUAGUCAUUUUCAUUUUGAGUUUGAUGCUAACGGAACGGGACACUGGAGCACCGCUGUGCUUUGACCACAGACGUGGCCUUUCUCUCAGGCUCCGGAGGAACUGCCAUGCGAGACUCUGAUAGCACCCAACACAUCCCAUAACACCCUCUCGUCUCAGCGAUCUGUGGUUGGGGAAUUUGACUCUAGAAGCCUUUUAAAUGGAAGGGCUGCGGCUUGACAUCUGGACAACAGUGUAUAGUUCCUCGCCUAUGCCAACUGGAGUAUUCCGACUCUUUGAAAGACAAAAAAGAAACAAUGAUAGUAACUUUCUUUCUUUCCUUUUUUUUUUUUUUUUAAACCAAAAACUUUUUCUUCUUUUGUAUACCACUGGCAAAAUGAUGUUGACCCAAUGCGGUGUGUGUUAUAUUUCAAUAUACAGGCAACACUUGUGUAACUCCUUCACUCUUGUUUUUUUCUCUCUUUGAACUGAACCCUAUUUUUUUCUACCUUCUUAUCAUAUCUUUUAUAACAGAAAAUCAUAUAUGUUAAUAAAACUUUCCAAGCAUUUCUAGCAGCGACGUCUGGGACAAUCCCAUCAUGCUUUGUAAGGAUUUUAGGUGGAACUGAUAGGCCUUAACGCAUAACACAAGACGUGGCGGGGAGUUCGGUAGAUUUCUCUCUGAUGCGCGUCAUCCGAGUGCCUUUGUGUUUUUGUUUUGCAAUUGUGCCCGUGCAGAAGCUGUUGCUGGCAGCAGUGCUAUAAGGCCACGGGCAGCAGUCACAGCCAGUCCCACUCCACCGCAGGGGAUUUUUCCUACAAAAUCACCAUCCUAAAAAAUGUAUCUCACAUGUUUACUUAUUGCUACUUUUACAGUUUCAUCAAACCAGAGGCCUUGGAGGGUAUGAGAGUAUUCAAUUAGUGUUUUUAUUGUGAACUGGUUUAUGAGCGGGACAAUAGUGAAUAUAAAGGUGGAGUACUUCAGUGUUGCAUUGGCAUAGAGGAAGGGGCUGUGGUGUUGGGCAAGUUUUAUUGCAGAAAUGAUCACAAUUAGAUAUGAUUACAACACUUGAUUGCAACAUUGAUUCUGCUGAAUCAUAUCAAAAUAUUUGCAUACUGGGCAACGAUCUGUAUAUUAUCCAUACUCACAUGGAAUAUUUGCAGCAACCCCAAACUCAUGUAGACAGGAUUCUGAAAGGGUCUAUUGUUUUCAAGUUUGCGUUUUCAAUAAUCCUGUUACAGCGUUUAAUGUCAAUCUGCAUUCCUACUUUGUAACACACACUAGCCCAUAAGACGGAGAUCAUCGCAAUACACACUAGUCCAAGACGCAAAUCAUCGCAAACACACACUAGUUCAAGACGGAGAUCAUCGCAAAACACAGUAUUCCAAGACGGAGAUCAUCACAAAACACGCUAGUCCAUAAGACCUAGAUCAUCGCAGACACUUUGAGGAGAACACUGCUUUGGAUGUAAUCCGGAAACUGUCCCAAAACAAGAACUUUCAUAACAUCUUUUUUUUUUGGUUGUUGUUUCAUCUCUGGGCCCCUUUAUUAAAGAACAUGUCUUCCAGCGGUCCUUGUCCAGUCGGUGCCCACUUCAGAGGAGGCAAAUAUUUUUCUCUGAGCUCCUAACCUGGAGGAUUUGCCCUUGUGAUGCGUCUCAACCUCCUCGUAGUCGCACGAACGUGUCCUGAAAGGCCCAGUGGGGUGCCUGCAGCAGUGCCCAAAGUGAUCCUGCUUUAGUGCAUCUCCUGUGUUAGUUUGGACCAUCUGAUUUGUCACUGUCGUGAUCCGUCACAGAUUGUAAAAUCACUUUCACGCAAUUAUCCAUCUGCCUCUACAAGACUUGUGGAAACCCCUGUAAAAAGGAACGUUCUGUGUUUACAAAACGCUUAUUAAUGGUUUGUAACAAUAAAGUUGUCAUUAUGGGCA